CAGCAGGAGUGGGCGGAGCCUCUAGCCGGUGACACGUUUCCGCUUCCGGGUCUCUGUGGCCUCCACGUGAAGUAACAGCAGCAGCGGAGACCGGAGCCGGGAUGGGGGAGUUUAAGGUCCACCGUGUGCGGUUCUUUGACUACGUGCCGUCCGGCGUGAGGUGUAUGGCGUUCUCAGAGCAGACGGAGAGACUGGCCGUGGCUCGCAGCGAUGGAUCUGUGGAAGUGUACAACUUUCCUGCCAACUACUACCAGGAGAAGAUUGUUCCUGGCGACGAGACCAGGUCCACAGAGUCCAUCUGCUGGGUGGCUGGCGGCCGCCUCUUCUCUGCUGGUCUGAAUGGAGAGAUCACGGAGUACGACCUGCAGAAACAGUGCGUCAGAUAUUCUGUGGAUGCGUUCGGAGGCCCCAUCUGGGGUAUCACGGCCAGUCCCAGCGGCUCCCAUCUCGCGGUGAGCAGUGAAGACGGCUCCGUGAAGCUGUUCAGCAUCAACCCGGAGAGCGUUGUGUUUGAGAAGAACUUGGAUCGCCAGAAAGGUCGUAUCCUCUGUCUGGCUUGGCAUCCAUCGGGGUCUCACAUCGUCACCGGUUCUGUCAGUGUGAUCAGAGUAUUCAGUGUGUCGUCAGGUCACCAAGUGCAAGUGCUCACAGUGGACCGCCGGCCGGUGAGCGGCCGGAAUCGCGAUUGCGUUGUGUGGAGUGUGGCCGUUCUGUCCUGCGGACAAAUCGUCAGCGUGGAUUCUGCUGGGAGGCUGCAGUUCUGGGACUUGGAGAAGGGGACACUUAUGCGGUCGUACCCUGUGGCUAGCUGUGACCUCCUGUGCCUCGCGGUGUCUCAGUCAGAGGACAGCUUGGUGGUGGGCACGAGCCAGGGGGUCAUCUACCAGUUCCAGCACCUGGCCGUGCAGGAAGGGAAGGCGGAGCGGCAGUGGGUCUCCACCAAGCCGUUCCGGCAUCACACCCACGAUGUCAGAGCUGUAGCUCACAGCAGCAACGCUCUCAUUUCUGGAGGUGUCGACGGCCAGGUUGUCUGUCGGCCCUUGUUGGAGAAGAUACCGGAACAAUCCUAUGAGGCGGCCCUGAGGAAAAUCACAUUCCCGCAUCGCCAUCUAGUGUCCUGCGCCCAAGCUUCCCGCCUGCUUCUCUUCCAGUUCCCCGAACAUCUGGAACUAUGGCGGCUUGGAGAGACCCACGAAUCAGGGGUAGAUGGUGACAUCCUUCCUGUGGCCCGGGAACAAGAGCUUCUGCUGCAGCUGAAGAGAAAGGGAAGCGAGAGUAUCCGGUGCAGCGCCAUCUCCCGCUGCGGUUCCUGGGUCUCUUACGCCACAUCCUCCCGUCUGUUCCUGCACGGGCUGCGAUACGAUAAUGAUGACAUUAGCAUCAGCCGGGUUCCAAAAGUGCCGCAGCCACCCACCGCAGCUCUGCAUCUUCUCUUCUCUCCUGACUCCAUGCGGCUCUACGUAGGGUCAGAGGGGGCAUCUGUCCACGUGCUGGACCUGACGGAGGGCAGCUGGCAGCACAGUCACACCCUACAACCCCCUGCAGCUUCUCCGGAUCCGGUUCACCUCUUGGCGGCGAGUGCGGAUGGCUCCCUGCUGGCGGCGGCAUGUCCCAGCUCACAGAUCGAUAUCUAUAACGUGAAGGAGAGAAAGUUCAGGUGCUCGGUGCCUCAGUAUACCUCUCCUCCUACAGCGAUCAGUAUCCACCCAUCCACUAAUAACCUGGUGAUGGCUCAUGCAGACCAGCAGGUGCUGGAAUUCAGCAUCACUCAGAAACAGUACACUGACUGGAGCCGGAGGGUCCUGCAACAUGGUCUCCAUCGCGAUUGGCAGGAGAGAGACACGCCCAUCACUGGCAUCACAUUUAACCCCUCAAGGCCUGGGGACAUUCUGAUGCACGACAACUACAUGUUCUGUGUCCUGGAUAAGUCUCUACCACUUCCAGAUGAUAAGACCGCACUCGUCAACCAGAUCUCAUUGAAGCAUCUCUCGGAGCGAGCGCGGCGGAGUCAGGCGCACGCCUUUAAAAUAACCAGGAAGUAUCAGCCGCUGCUCUUCAUGGACUUGUUGGACGAUGGGGAACUAGUCCUGGUGGAGAGACCCAUCCGUGAUAUUCUGGCCCAGCUCCCGCCACCCAUGAAAGAGAAGAAAUUUGGGACAUAAUCCCUGUAAGACUGGAAGACGAUCGUACUGCACCCAUGCGUUUUCUUUUAUUGCUGCUGGGGCCUAACCAGCGGUCCUGGACUCGUUUGUGGCUGAUGUUCCAGACCUCAAACCUGGGCUUGGACUGGGAUUAAAUGGACCUGGAUUCAGCACAGGUCUUGAUGCCAGAAGUGGACCCACUGACACAACCAGGGAACAGCGGAGGGAUGAAUUAUUAUUAUUAUAUUUUUAUAAACUGGUAAAUUCAGCUCAUUAUCUGGUUGCUUCAUCAAGUAAAAUCUGUUAUUAAGA